AUGGUAGGGUCCAGCCAGUUGGCUUCACCAGCUGUGGUGGGGCCCUCAUCUUCGGUGGCGAAGGAGAAGGAAGUGAUGGAGGAGGAGAACAAUGAGGCUGCAGACGAGGAGGCACCAUUGUUAGCAAUGGCAGAGUGCCGAAUUUGCCAGGAAGAGGAUUCUCUGAACAAUUUAGAGAGUCCUUGUGCUUGCAGUGGAAGUCUCAAGUAUGCUCACAGAAAAUGUGUCCAACAUUGGUGCAAUGAGAAGGGGGACAUUACUUGUGAGAUCUGCCAUCAGCCGUAUCAAUCUGGAUACACUGCUCCUCCACGGCCUCAACCUGAGGAGACUACCAUAGAUAUUGGAGGAGUGUGGCAACUUUCUGGCACACCGCUGGAUUUGCAUGAUCCUCGCCUACUGGCAAUUUCUGAGGCUGAACGUCAGUUGUUCGAAGCAGACCAUGAUGAUUAUAAUGGAACAAACAACAGUGGUGCUGCCUUUUGCCGUUCAGCCAUUCUAAUUUUAAUGUCUCUUCUGCUCUUGCGGCAUGCAUUAUCUAUCACCGAUGCUGAUGGAAAUGGAGAUGGAGAUGGUGGUCCAGAUGAUGAUGCAUUUACUUUCUUCUCCCUGUUCUUACUUCGAGUCGUGGGCUUUCUCUUGCCCUGCUACAUUAUGAUAUGGGCCAUUAAUAUAUUGCAACGUCGGAGGCAAAGACAAGAGGCAGCACUGGCAGCAACACAAUUUGCGAUUCUGGUACAAUCAGCGCAAAGCAGAGGUCUUCUAGUUGCAUCAGCUGCACCCUCAGUCACUUCACAGGUUUCUCCGGUGGAGGAACAUGUUUAA